AUGCAUCCGCGCCUGCCUCCUUGGUCCUUCCCCGCGCAUUCCCUUUCCCAGCGCCCGCGCAUUCCCUUCCCCAGCGCCCGCGCAUUCCCUUCCCCAGCGCCCGCGCGUUCCCUUCCCCAGCACCCGCGCAUUCCCUUCCCCAGCGCCCGCGCAAUACCUUCCGAGCGCCCGCGCAUUCCCUUCCCCAGCGCCCGCGCAUUCCCUUCCCCAGCGCCCGCGCGUUCCCUUCCCCAGCACCCGCGCAUUCCCUUCCCCAGCGCCCGCGCAAUACCUUCCGAGCGCCCGCGCAUUCCCUUCCCCAGCGCCCGCGCAUUCCCUUCCCCAGCGCCCGCGCGUUCCCUUCCCCAGCACCCGCGCAUUCCCUUCCCCAGCACCCGCGCAAUCCCUUCCCCAGCGCCCGCGCAUUUCCUUCCCCAGCGCCCAUUUUCCCACUGCUUACUCUCUUUCCCCCUUCCAAAGUCCCAUUUUCCCCUGCUCACUCCCUUUCCCCUCCAAUCAUCCCAUUUCCUCCUGCCUCACUCUCUUUCCCCUAUCACACAUCCCAAUUCCUCACCCUGCUCAUUCUCUUUCCCCCUUCAACCUUCUCAUUUCCCCCUUCACUCUCUUUCUCUCUUCACCCACCCCAUUUCCCCCCUGCUCACUGUCAUACACCCUACACCCAAAGAAGGGCGAACAGUUUUGGUCACUUUCGGGAACCCAACCUCCUCGCCUGCCAGUUGGAUUUCACGUCCCAAUCUUCCUAACUUUGAAACUCCUGGACCCCGGGUUUUAAAUCCCCAAAUUCUUCCUCACGGGUUUCGCUUCUGGCCCGUCUCUUCCCUCCACUGCUUUUCUCACUCUCCCCGCAUUGCUGUUCCCCCAUCUGCGCCCCUCUGCUGCACCCCGAAGGCACGGCGCAUGUUGCUCUCAUCGGGGAUCGCCGGCAGCAGCAGCAGGAGCACUAAGCAUUCCUCGUUCCUCCAGCCGCCGAGCAGCCACCGACCGGCGAGUCAGCGAGGCGACUCGCCAAUGCGCGCGCGCGGCCAAUGCAGGCAGGCACCACACUAG